AUUCCGGUUACUCUCUCUCUCUCUCUCUCUCUCUCUCUCUCUCUUCUUAUUUCUCGAAGAGACUAGAAGGACGCAGCGACCCCGCGAUCCGAUCAAUUCACCUCCUCCGACGAUGUCCAGCUUCAGCGGCGACGAGACCGCCCCCUUCUUCGGCUUCCUCGGCGCCGCCGCCGCCCUCGUCUUCUCCUGCAUGGGGGCGGCGUACGGGACGGCGAAGAGCGGAGUGGGGGUGGCGUCGAUGGGGGUGAUGCGCCCGGAGCUGGUGAUGAAGUCGAUCGUGCCCGUGGUCAUGGCGGGAGUGCUCGGCAUCUACGGGCUCAUCAUCGCCGUCAUCAUCAGCACCGGGAUCAACCCCAAGGCCAAGUCCUACUACCUCUUCGACGGAUACGCCCACCUCUCCUCCGGCCUCGCCUGUGGCCUCGCCGGACUGUCCGCUGGCAUGGCCAUCGGCAUCGUCGGCGAUGCUGGUGUCAGAGCCAAUGCUCAACAGCCAAAACUCUUUGUCGGAAUGAUUCUCAUCCUCAUCUUCGCCGAAGCACUGGCUCUUUAUGGCCUCAUUGUUGGCAUCAUUCUAUCUUCUCGCGCUGGUCAAUCACGAGCAGAUUAGCUUCAUGCCUGAUAUCCUCUUGCAUUUUGAUCGAUACAGGGAUCGAAAUUUGUUCCAUCCUAGCAGUUCGUCCAGAUUUUUAUCCAUGUUUUAUAUUCCCAACACAAUAUGAAUUGCUCCGCAUGCAAAUAAAGGCUACUUGUGAUCCGUCAAUUUCUACAGUGUAUCAAUUGAAAUUAUGUUUGAGCUGUUGUGAAAACCACCUUUUUGAGCCACCGUACAAUUUUUCUGUAUUAUCAUCUUUUGUAUUUGUUUCAGAAUAUACAAAGAAGCAAAACAGAGCUGUUCCUUUGAACACUAGGUAAAUUACUGUUCUUGAGUUGUAUAUAAAUAAAUGCUAAGAUUACUUUGGCGAUUGCAUUUUUA